UAAUUUUUAUAUUAACAGACAUCUAAAAUUUAAAAAAAUGUAUAUAAAUACUACUCACACUCCAGACAAAAAAAAUUCCUAUCUCAAUAAAUUUAACAAAAAGAGAAUCUAAACGACAGACAAAGAAAAUAAGUAUCUUACAUCAUUUAUAAAAUAAGAAUUUAGAAUAUGAGCAAUUUGAGCACAAAUGAUGAUUGCAAAUCUUAUUGUGACAGUGUUGAUUAUUAUAGACAUGAAAAUCAUGAACUUAAGAAAGUAGUUUUUUAAUUGAAAUUGGAAAUGUAGAUUGUUAAAAAAUAUCAUUAGGAAAUCUCAAUUAGAAUAAUGUCUGAUUGAAUAGAAACAUAAUUUAAAAUGCGUAGUUUAAAAAUAUAAAAGUUUUAUUGAUGAUUUAAUGAGUGAGAAAAGUUAAUUAAGUGCAGAGUGUGAUGAUUGGAAAUAAAAAUAUGAAUAGUAAUAAUAAAUAAUCGAAGAAUAAAGAUAAUAAAUUUAUAAUCAAUCAUAAAUUAUACAAUAGAAUUUAUUAACAAUUCAAGAGAUAGAGCAUGAUUUUGAAUAGGAGAGAAUUUAGAAAUAGUUAGAAGUUAAAUAAAUAAUGAAUUUAAAAGAUUAAACAAUAGAUGAAUUAAACUAAAUAAUUUAAUAAUAAUAAUAUUGA